UGAUUAUGUCACGAAGUUCCCCCGUCACCCCUCUUCACGUGGUCUCCCACCUCCUUGUUAACAAAACAACAAUAACAUACGGAUACCUAAAAAAUCAUACACAAUGGCCGACGAAACUGCUACCAGAGCUCCAGAAAGUGAUGCUAUGGAGGAAUCGAAAGAGGUUCCUCAAGUCGAAUCAAGCCCAUUCCCGGGAGACACUCCAGCGCAAAGCGGUGCGAGUUUGGGUGUACGUCUUUGAGACAUGAAUAGGAAGAGCAUUACUAACUUUUAAAAGGAGCAUUGUGUGAAGGAUAGACCAACACGUCAGUACUCUUGCGCAGAGAGUCUGCAAAUUCUCUAUAAUAAAGGAAUCAAUUGCUGACGGAAAUAGCUUCCGGUCAUGGUUCAUCUGGAGAAAUUACACAACUCGGAGGAAUAGACGUUUAUAUUUCAAAGCCAAGCGAAUAUCCUCAUGCGCCAUCGAAACUUUUACUACUCCUUACUGGUGCGACUGGCAUGCAUUCAGUCAAUAACCAAAUUCAAGCCGAUAAAUUCGCUGGCGAAGGCUUCCUUGUUAUCAUGCCCGAUAUGUUCCACAACGACCCAUUACCUGGAUCCGUGACUUAUGUAGAAGAAAAGGAUCCUUCUUUGAUUGAAAAACUGAAGCUCCAUGCCGCAGAGGCAGCCAAAAGCUUUCUAGCAGAUAUGUGGCUCGCAAGACAGACACCGGAAAAGAUCCUACCGAUUAUCCAUAAAGUUAUAGAGGCUGCAAAGGACGAAUUCGCAGAUGCUGUAGCUAAUGGGGGAGGGAUAUAUUCUGUUGGUUACUGCUUAGGCGGGAAAAUGACUCUCUUACUAGCAGGCGAGAAAUCAGAUGCUGUCCAUUGGGGUCACCAUCAUGUGAAGGACGAGGAAGCGGCUGUUGAAAAGAAAGGUCCAUACAUCAAAGUUGGUGCAAUCGCUCACGCAACAUUAGUUGGAAAGGAGGAUUGGGAGGGAACUAAAGUUCCAUUGACAUUUGUUUGUGUUGAGGACGACCAAUUGUUCUCACGUGAAGUCCAAGAGGUCGGCAAGACAUACUUGAAUGAAAACAACAUCGAACAUGAAUUCAAGACGUACUCUGGCGUACCUCACGGAUUUGCGAUCUUAGGUGAUUACGAGCAAUUAAAUAUCAAGCAGGCACAAGCUGAGGCAUAUGACCAAAUCUUGGCAUGGUUGAAAGCUCAUUGAAUUGACCAUUUUUUGCUUUGAGUUUACGAAGGCGUUUGGUGUGUUGGCGAUGAUGGUUGUUGUUAUGGGCUAAGGCUCAUGAUUCGGACUUAAAUUUAGGGAUGCAAUACACUACAAUGUUUACAAGACAGUCCAAAUGA